CGGCCGCCCAACCCUCCAAACCGCCCCCUUCCAUUUGCCACUGGCCAUCCGCACCGCCACCGCAGAUCCCCAAUUCGUUUCCUCCCACCGAGCCAAGCGGCGACGACGGCGGUCGCAGCGUCCCCUUCCCUCCUCCCUCCGUACCGCCGCCACAGACGAGCAGAUUGGGCCGAGCACCUCCCCGGCAAGCAGCAGCGCUGUCGCCGGUACCAAGUCCUGGUCCGCCGCGCCGUGGGGCUCGCUGAAACGGGUCUACUCCCAAGUGAAAUCAGCCUCUUCAAGAUAGCUUACUGAGAUGUGGGGUUUUGCAUCAAAUGCUUGGGCAUCUGGGCUGGGGAAGAGGAGUCCCCCAAACUGCACUUCUUCAAGUGCUGCUGGUUCUGAUGAUGAAGCAUCCUCAUGCACAAGCAGGGAAGAAGGCCUGGAAUGCCCAAUUUGUUGGGAAUCUUUCAACAUAGUGGAAAAUGUGCCUUAUGUGCUGUGGUGCGGCCACACCAUGUGCAAGAACUGCAUCCUAGGACUCCAAUGGGCUGUCAUCAAAGUUCCAACUGUGCCGAUCCAGCUACCAUUCUUCAUUUGCUGUCCCUGGUGCAACCUCUUGUCACUUCGCAUACUUUACAAAGGGAACCUCACAUUCCCACGAAAGAACUAUUUCCUCCUUUGGAUGGUUGAGGGGAUGAAUGGCGAGCGGGCCAGGUCACGCCCAGCUAUUCAUAGUGAGCAACAGACUCCAUGGCUCUCAAGCAGCAGCAGAUCAAAUGGAAAUGCAGGCUAUUCAAAUCCCACUAGGCGGCACCUUCCACCACCGGUUGACAUGUCGCCCACCAAUGCCAAUCAUAGCAACCAUGGGGUCCCUCUGCUGAAUGCAGAGAGGGUACAAGCUUCGCUGCGCAAGUCAUUGUCGUUCCUGGUUCACUUGACUGCCAAGUUUCCCCUUGUGUUCAUCUUCCUCCUCAUAGUGCUCUAUGCGAUCCCUGCCAGCGCAGCAGUCUUGUUAUUGUAUGUCCUUAUCACUGUGUUGUUUGCGCUUCCCUCGUUCCUAAUAUUGUAUUUUGCGUACCCGAGCCUAGACUGGCUAGUUAGGGAAAUCUUUGCCUGAGAUUAUUUCCUUGUUUGGGGAAAAUCUCAGUGCUGUUGUUGUGUCUGUGUAACUGAACUCUCCCUAGAUUUUGUUGUAAGUGCGAAUGUUAUUGCAAAGUUUUGGUUUUUGACCUGUGUUUA